AUGUUGUUAUCAGUGUGUUUGAAAAACACUUGGAGCGUCAAUGUAUGGUUUGCCCCUUUUCAGCGCAGCGUGGUUUCGUAAGACCGGAUUUAUUAACCAACUGCAAGCCAAACAGACGUGAGAAAGGAAGAGGGACAUUAGUCUGCACUUUCCUCUUUGAGCAGUUAUUUUAAUGGACGUGGAAGGUACGCUUAAGGGUCUUGGUAUCUCUCAGUUCAUUUCCGUGUAAUACGUAAGGAGUAUUAUAGCCUAUUUGGUUAUUAUAACCAAGGGCAACGAGUCGGCAGUUCGCUGUCAAAUACUUUCUUUCGGUGGUUACAAUGUAAGCUUUUCGAUUUUUUUUAAAGUUACGUGUAUAAUAAUGUUAAGCCAUUUUGUUGUUUUAUUUACUUUUGUAAUUGGAAUGUAGCUUUUUCAGUCCAUUUUCAUAACAGAAGUAAAAUGCAUAUUAGUGCUAUGAUUAAAUACCUGUGGCUUCUAAUGAUGGUCCGCGUAGGAUCUUUUCAUGAUGGACUUUGUCGUCGAAAAGAACCCCUUCCUGGUGUGCAGGUUUUGGCCCCGGGAAGAAUCGUAACUCUGAGCUGCAGUGGCCAAAUCACAGUGGAUGGAGUCGGUGUCACCUUGACGACCACAAGCCAGGCAGGAAGAGAUGGAGAGGAGCGUGCGAGGACGAGGGACGCCGUGAGCAUGGACGGCAGUUACGGGGACAUCGUGAGCUCCAGGGGUCCACCCUCGACUCCCUUAGGGGUGGAGCUAAAGGGGAAAAACUGGAGUGCAGUGACUGUCAGCCAUAACUGGCCUUCAGGUGAAGCCACCACCAGUGAGAAGGAUGCCACCAUGUUCCGACACCAAGACACCACAUCUGUGGAGGUGGGUGAUGUGAGCAGGACAAAGGCCAGGGCCCCUCGGCAAGCAGUGCGGCCGGUGAAGGACUCCAGGACAAGCGUGCACUGGAAGCUGGAUGGUCGUCCCAUGCGAGUCACUGGAGAUGGGGCGGACACACUGCACCUCGGCCCAAUUCUUGCAUCCAAGUCUGGAAAUUACAGCUGUCACCAGGGAAGGAAAAUGAUCUUCUCAGUGAAAAUAGUGGUGGAGGCUCCUCCAGAACAGCCGUCGUUAUCCUGCUACCAAAGGUCACCUACAAGUCACAUCCGCUGUGAAUGGAAUGCCAGUCAGCCUGUGACCCCAGUCCCCCAGUGUCACCUCCUGCUGAAAAAAGGGUUGCGGGGUCCAACUACAACGACGUCGUGUACCUACUCAAAGUUCCAACAUCGCUGCUGGUGUGUGUUGGACAAAAACACAGAGGGGAGCAGAGACAGUUACUGGGCAUCACUGUGUGUCUACAACACUGCUGGUCAUGUUACAAGCCCCCCGAUUGUUCUCCAUCCACAAGAUAUCGUUAAACCGGACGCACCAUAUAAUGUUUCAGUGCGUAGUCAAGAAGGGAACAAACACUGGCUGAUAGUGUCUUGGAAAUAUCCUCGCUCAUGGAAGAGUAAUUUCUACAAACUCACUUUCCAUCUGCAGUAUUUUGUGGUCCUGCAGGGGUAUCCCAGAAGCAUGGUGAGUGUAAUAUACUGUCUCAUUAUGCUAAUGCACUGUCUGUGUUUAUAGGACACACUGUACACUGCAAAUGUGUAUUAAAUAUAACACUGGCUUCAAUCUUAAAUACUCAAUGUAGAAAUGUCGUAUUCACUCAUCUGUCUCAUUUACAUGCUUGAUGCAAUUUAGCGUUGAUCUCUUUUGCCUUAAUUUUGAAAUCAUGUUAAGCAUUGAUUCAGGCUAGCUUGUCGGAUAAGACAUUGGAAUACAAAACAAUUUUUUCUUCUUCAGUUACAUCCUUCUGAUGUAACUAUAUUGAUCUCAGAUUGUAAUAUGACAAAAAUCACCAUACAUAACUACACACGCUACAAAUAUACAUAUUAUAUCAGCGAUGUCGAACUGCAGUCCUGGAGGGCCGGAGCCCUGUGUAGCUUAGUUCUUUCCCUGUUCCACCACAAAUGAUUCUACUCAAGAGCUGUGUGGUAAUUAGCACAAGGAGUUGAAUCAGGUGUGUUAAAUGAGGUUAAACCAAAAACUGUGCAGGGCUCCAGCCCCCCAGGAUUGGAGUUUGACACCCCUGUAUUAUGCCAUGCUCAGAUAUGACACGAGAGGUACCGUAUUUCCUAGGCUACGCAUGCAACCAGAAUUGGUUUCUACCAGAAGAUUGCAUAAAAAAAAGAAAUUUUAAUUAAAAACUAGAACCUCAUGGGCCAUUCUGUUAAGAAAAGAACAAUACUUGGCGCUACACUGUACCAUAACAAACCUUAACCCCUAACCCUUAAACCUUAAAGUAUGGUAACAGUAUGAUUAGGAUUAUUAAAAUAGCCACAUUGAACUCUUUUUAUCUUUUAAGUUCAUUUGGCUUGUAACACGAUGCUCCAAGGCAAAAACGUUUCAGGAGAAUGGAAAGGCCUGGCAGGUCAUGUGACUCACUUCCUGUAUCUAGCGUCUGCGUUUGGGCAGCGAGUGGCUUCCCUUCCUCUUCUUUAGAAUUUCGCAUCAAGGGGCAAAGUCCCGCAUUGUUCAGCCCAGUGCUCUGCUUCAAUUUUGCCAGCCUGUGUGAUUCCCCCCCCCCCUUUUUGGUGUCCCAGCAUAACCCUGAACUUCAUUGGGUUUCCAUGGCUUCCCGCGUAACGCCGCGCGCCCGGUAU